AUAAACAACACGAGGGCCAUCCGCCCCUCCGCCAUCUGCGCCUCGCCCUCGGAGACCCAACAGCGAAGGCCAUCAGCCGACCCCCAGCCCCCGCCCGAGCCCCGCUCUCGCCCCCGCCCGCCGCGGCGCUGCCCGCCGGCGAGAUGGUCCCGCUGAACCACCCCGGCGUCGCCGCCGAGGUGCGGCUGGUGCUGCAGGGCGCCACCGACGCCGACCGCGAGUCCGUCCGCCGCGAGCUCUGCCAGUUAGUUGACUAUGGUCACGAUGGAUGUCUUUUGCUGCUCCAAGUCUGUUUGGAUGAAGUGCUGCUGAAUGACAGGGAGGCCAAAAACUUGCAGUUGAAGCAUGAUCUUCUAUCCGCCACUUUCAGAUAUUGUCUGGAUAAAACGUUUUUUAGCACUUGUUUCUGUGAGGCACUGAUGCAGAUAAAAACUGGUACCGAUGGCCUCCUUGAGACUCUGUCGAGUGCACUGGAACUCUCAGCGGCCGAGAAAGUCGGUAUUGGUCUUGCGCUGUCAGAUUCUGAUAAUUCAGGCAUGAAGCUGAAAGGGCAACAAUUUGCAAUUGCUCAAAUUGAGGAGUUGUGUUUGAAUCCUAAUCAAUCGGUACCAAAUGAUCAAAUUCAUGAAAUCGUCGUCUUCCUUCACCAGACCGAUGGCCUGACAAAGCAUAUGGAUACUUUUAGUAACAUUGCUUCUCUUCUAGAAGUUGGACAGAGUCCUUUUUUUGCUCCCAUCCCCAAAGAUCAGCAUGAUGUUCAGUCAAUAAAUCAUUCAAGACAUUUGGAGAUGUACUUGGAUAGCACAAAUGAUGACUUUGAGUCACUUCUUUCUGAAAUUGGGAAAGAAAUAAGUAUGGCGGACAUAGUAACUGAGUUGGGUUAUGGAUGCACUGUUGACAGCACACAGUGUAAGGAAAUACUUUCCACUUUUCAGCCUCUUGAUGAUGUGGCAAUAUCUAAGUUGCUCGGGGCAGUUAUUGGCACUCAAAAUAGUCUUGCAGAGGCCCAUAACACUUAUGCAACCUUCGUAUCUGCUAUUCGAAAUACCCACUUGAGUGAGUCGCCUCAAUUGACUACAUGGAACACAGAUGUUCUUGUGGAUUCAAUCAACGAAUUGGCCCCAAGUACUAAUUGGGUGCAUGUUAUGGAAAGCCUUGAUCAUGAGGGUUUCAGUAUUCCUGAUGAAGCAGCUUUCUGUUUACUGAUGAAUAUAUAUGGCCGCGCUUGCAAGGAUCCCUUUCCGCUUCAUGCUGUUUGUGGGUCAAUGUGGACAAAUACAGAAGGCCAGAUAUCAUUUUUAAAGCAUGCAAUUUCUGCCCCUGCUACUAUUUUUACAUUUGCACAUAGUUCGAGGCUGCUGGCACUUCCGGACUUUGCAAGUCUUGGUCCAGGUAAUCAUGCUUGGUUUUGCCUUGACCUUCUAGAGGUUUUGUGCCAGCUUGCUGAAGUUGGACACACUGUGUCGGUGCGGUCCAUGCUCGAUUAUCCUUUGGGACAUUGCCCUGAACUCCUACUUGUUGGUCUUGGACACAUCAACACUGCAUAUAAUCUCCUCCAAUUUGAAGUGCUGUCCUGUGCAUUUUCUGCUAUUCUGAAGGACACCACAAAGAGAAAUGUGGUGAAUUAUCUCUGGCAUAUUAACCCAUGCCUCACCCUUCGAGGAUUUGUUGAUGCUCAUUCUGAUCCAAGUUGUCUCCUGAGAAUUGUGGAUGUGUGUCACGACCUGAAGAUCCUAUCUGCUGUCCUCGAGUCCACUCCAUUCGCAUUUAGCAUUAGAUUGGUGGCUGCUGCUUGUAGGAAAGAUCAUAGCCAUCUUGAGAAAUGGCUCACUGAGAAGUUAACUGUAUACAAGGACGGUUUUGUCGAGGACUGCGUUAAUUUCCUGAAAGAAGCUAUGAAUGCCGCAUCUUAUGCAGUAGAGGGUACCACGGAACAACCUCAAUUUAGUGUUGUGGACACGUAUUGGGAAGCUUGUCCUCCCUUUAUAAAGGUUCUCCAGUCUCACUUGGGACAGCUCUUAUCCAACCAACUCUCGGAUGAACUAAGGGAGUUGUGUGCUCUGUAUGAAUCGAGAAAUCAGGGUCCUGUAGCAAGGGACAUACCUACCUCGGAGGGAGGUUCAGAUGAUGUUGAAGUAGAAGCAAAUGCGUAUUUUCACCAGAUGUUUUCUGGACAGAUAAACAUUGAUGUGAUGAUACAAAUGCUCACUCGCUUCAAAGAAUCUCCAGAUAAGAGGGAGCAAUCAAUUUUUAAUUGUAUGAUCUCAAAUCUGUUUGAGGAAUACAAGUUCUUUACGAAGUAUCCGGAUAAGCAGCUUAAACUAGCUGCUGUGCUAUUUGGAUCCCUUAUCAAACAUGAACUUGUGGCCCACCUCGGACUUGGGAUUGCUCUACGCGCUGUUCUUGAUGCCUUACGCAAGUCUGUUGAUUCAAAGAUGUUUAUGUUUGGUACGACAGCAUUGGAACAAUUCAUGGAUCGUGUAAUAGAGUGGCCACAGUACUGCAAUCACAUAUUGCAGAUUUCACAUCUUCGAGCUACUCAUGCUGAAAUGGUCUCUGCAAUUGAGCGAGCACUUGCCCGAAUUUCAUCAAGUCAAAAUGAGCCCAACGCUGGCAACUUGCUUUCUACGGAGCAGCUUGUUUCUGGAUCGUCAUCUAUUGAAGCCAUGGAGGCAUCUGAACCAUCAUGGCAGUUAAUGGGUACAUCUCCAACUCAGCUAGGAAGGACACCUUACCCGUUGCAGCAAAGGCAACCAAGUGUCCUUGGAGACAGGUCCAAGAUCUCCAUCGGCACCUCUCAGAAUAAGAGCAUUUUACCUAGUCAGCCUUCGGUUCCUUCAGCAUCUGCUGAUUCAGCCUUUAAUUUAAAGACUACUGUUCCACCUUCAUUAGCUCACUCUAUGAGCAUGUCAAAUAGUGCUCAUUCCACUAGUUUUCUGCGCCCCCGGAAUACCUCGACAGUUUUGCCCCGGCAACAUUCCUACACUACGGGAUUUGGAAAUGCUUUAAAUAUUGAGACACUUGUAGCUGCAGCGGAGCAAAGAGAUAAUCCAAUUGAGACUCCCCCAUCUGAAGUUCAGGACAAGAUCUUGUUUAUGAUUAACAAUAUAUCCACCUCUAAUAUGGAAGCCAAGGCGAAAGAAUUUAAUGAAGUGCUUCAGGAACAAUAUUAUCCUUGGUUUGCACAGUACAUGGUCAUGAAAAGGGCAAGCAUCGAGCCAAAUUUUCAUGAUUUAUACCUGAAAUUCUUUGACAAACUUAACUCAAGAUCCUUGAGUAAGGAGAUGCUGAAAGCUACAUAUGAGAACUGCAAGGUUUUGUUAAGAUCAGAUCUUAUCAAAUCUAGUUCCGAGGAACGUUCCUUGCUAAAAAAUUUGGGCAGUUGGUUGGGAAAAUUUACCAUUGGAAGAAACCAGACAUUAAGAGCCAAGGAAAUUGACCCGAAAUCUCUUAUUGUGGAGGCUUAUGAGAGAGGACUUAUGAUUGCUGUAAUUCCAUUCACUUCAAAGAUUCUCGAACCUUGCCAUUCAAGUAUAGCAUAUCGUCCUCCAAAUCCGUGGACAAUGGGAAUUCUUAGUCUACUUUCUGAGAUCUAUAAUCUACCAAACCUGAAGAUGAAUCUAAAAUUUGACAUUGAGGUCCUGUUUAAGAACCUCAGUGUGGACAUGAAAGAUGUGAAACCGACUUCCCUUCUUAAAGAUCGAGGACGUGAAGUUGAGGGAAACCCAGAUUUUUCAAACAAAGAUGUUGCUUCGUCCCAAACCCCAGUGGCUGCAGAAGUCUCUUCAGGUGUCAACCCCCCAAUAAAACAUGUAGACCUGCAGCCUGAGGUCAAUAGCACUUCCCGUACCCUGAGCCUUCCAACUUUGUAUACUGCUCCUGUUCGUCUCCCUCCUAACAGUAUGGUGGAGGAUGAUAAAAUUGCUCUAAUGAUGCCUGAGCAAGUUCCCUCUCACACCUUGACCCAGGUCUCAUCUUCACAAACACCAUUAGUAUCACUAUCGCCAUCGCCACUCUCUCUAACUCAGCUUUUGUCGCUGAUUCCACAUGAUGAGAUACGCUUCAAAAUAAGCUCAAAACUUUUGCCUUUUGGCUCACAGUUGCAGUUCAGCAAAAUCAUGGGUGUGGCUUUGGAUAAGGCUAUCAAAGAGAUAAUACUCCCGGUCAUUGAAAGAAGUGUCUCAAUAGCAAGCAAAACUACAAAAGAAAUUAUUCUAAAGGAUUAUGCAACGGAAUCUGAUUACAGUGCCGCAAAUCGCUCGGCUCGUUUGAUGGUCGGAACAUUAGCUGGAAGUCUAGCCCAUGUUACUUGCAAGGAACCGCUUCGUGUUGCGCUACUGUCUCAUCUCCGAAGCCUUACUCAAAACCUUGCUAGCAACAGCGAAACUCUUGAGCAAGUAGUACAGGUUCUGAUCAACGACAAUUUGGAUCUUGGCUGUGCAAGUAUCGAGUCUGUAGCGGCGCGCAAGGCUGUUGAUUCGAUUGAGGGUGAAAUAACUCAAUCCUUUUCACAACAAAGGAAGAAAAGAGAGGCAGCUGGUCCUACAUAUUAUGACUCUUUUACUUAUGCUCAAGGUCCAUUUGCCCCUGUACCUGAAGUAUUCCAUACCAAGGCAGAGUCUCCUGCCCAACAACGAGUAUAUGAGGAGUUUGGUCAUGUAUGGCAGAGUCAUGGCCAAAGUGUUGGUGCUGCAGGUUCUGGUACAGCUGCUGUAUCGAGCAAUUUUGGUGUACCUCGAGCUUACAGCCCAAGUUUAGCACAAGCUUCCAGUGCUUUCUUGUCUGCUCAAACAGCUCCACUUACAUUAACUCAGCCUACAGAGCUGGUGUAUGAGGAAUUGAUUCCUGGCGCUGCACAACUUUCUAGUGAUUCUCCUGCUCAAGUUGGGAUCAGCGACUCUUCUGGCUGGCUUGGUGGAACCAUUGGUGAUGCAUCCACAUCUCCACCCUUGAUGUCUAAUGACUUACCUGCGGGUGGAAUAAUGGAUUUAAAUGUUAUGACGCCACCUCCAGCUACAUUUUCUGACAAUCUAGGAUCUGGUUUACCUGAUACUUUGAGCACUGGUGAUGCUAUGGAGAGAUACGAACAGGUUUCACAAAAGCUGGAAGUCUUGAUUGCCAAGGAUGGUAAAGAUGUGGAAAUCCAGUCUGUUGUAGCGGAAGUUCCUGAUAUCUUACUCAAAUGUGUUAACCGGGAUGAGGCUGCAUUAGCUGUUGCACAAAAGGUUUUCAAAAGUUUGUAUGACAACACAUCAAAUAGCGGUUUUGUCAUGUGGUCUCUAGCAACCUUAGUUGCGAUAAGAGAUGUAUGCAAGCUUGUUGUCAAGGAGCUAACAAAUUCCGUAAUCUAUUUGGACGAUGAGAAGAAGUUUAAUAGUGAAAUCAUUUUUGCCCUUAUUCGUUCUGAUUUGCUGGAUGUCAAAGAGUACAAUGUUCAUUUAGCAAAGCUAAUUGACGGUGGAAGAAACAAGAUUGCAACAGAAUUUGCCAUGUCACUUGUCCAGACAUUGAUUACUCAGGACUCUGCUAGUAUCUCAGAACUCCAGGAUGUUGUUGAUGUGCUAUCAAAGAUUUCAAGGAGGCCAGGUUCACCUGAGUUGAUGCAACAGGUGAAUGAGAUUGCAAGGAAUAAUGCUAACAAUGCUCCUGGUUUUGCUUUUGGGAAGGAUAAAAAGGUUCUACCUAACCGGGCAAACAAAGAGGAAAACAGUGUUAACGACGCCACUGUAGCUGAUUCUGUUGCUUUUCAAGACCAGGUUGCACACCUAUUUUCUGAGUGGUGCCAAAUAUGUGAUCAUCCAAAUGCUAGUGAUGCGGCCUAUAGUCGUUAUGUUAUGCAGUUGCAACAUAUUGGCCUGCUGAAGGGAGAUGAAUUCACUGAGCGUUUCUUCCGAAUUCUCACGGAACUUGCUGUUGCACACUCUCUAGUCUCUGAGCAAAUUAAUGCUCCUGGUGGAUUGUCUCAGCAGUCAUCACAUAUAUCAUAUUUCCCCAUUGAUUCAUAUUCGAAGCUUGUGUCUGUGGUGAUAAAGAAUUGUUCAGUGGAAAUAGGACCAAAUAAAGGCAGCCUUCUUCCCAAGAUAUUGUCAGUGACAAUUAGGGUCAUUCAGAAAGAUGCUGAAGAGAAGAAAGCUUCAUUUAACCCCCGACCAUACUUUCGGCUGUUUAUCAAUUGGCUGAAUGACCUUAGUACUUCUGAACUCCAUCAUGAUGGAGCUAAUUUCCAGGUUUUGGCUGCAUUUGCAAAUGCAUUCCAUGUACUGCAACCCUCGAGAAUUCCUAGCAUGAGCUUUGCUUGGCUUGAGUUGGUGAGUCAUAGAACCUUCAUGGCAAGACUGCUGACGGGCAAUUCACAAAAAGGGUGGCCUUUUUUCCAACGGCUACUUAUUGAUCUGUUCAAAUUCAUGGAACCGUAUUUGAGAACUGCCGACCUUUUAGAACCAGUGCACCUUAUGUACAAAGGAACUAUGAGAGUGCUGCUUGUACUACUCCAUGACUUUCCUGAAUUUCUGUGUGAUUAUCACUUCAGUUUUUGUGACGUGAUCCCUUCCAGUUGCAUUCAAAUGCGCAAUGUCAUUCUUAGUGCUUUUCCGCGCAACAUGAGACUUCCAGACCCAUCUACUCCUAACUUGAAGAUUGAUCUGCUAGCUGAAAUUUCAUUACCUCCACGAAUCAUGUCAGAUGUCGAUGGUGCCCUCAAGUCAAAGCAUAUGAAGGCUGAUGUCGAUGAGUAUCUUAAGAGACCAGAAGGCUCAUCCUUUUUGAAUGAUCUGAAGCAAAAAUUGCUGCUGCCUCAGAAUGAAGCUAAUGUUGCUGGGACACGCUACAAUGUGCCUCUGAUGAAUUCGCUUGUUCUCUACAUUGGCAUCCAAGCGGUGCAACAAUUGCAAGCGAACAAGGCAAAUGCAUCUGCGUCAGCACAGCAGAUUAACCAUAAUACAAUGGAUAUUUUUCAGAUCGAAACAGCGACUGAAUUUUUCAGAUAUCUUGUAACGAACUUGGAUACAGAGGGGCGCUACCUAUUUUUGAAUGCGAUUGCUAACCAACUGCGCUACCCGAAUAGCCACACACACUACUUCUCCUUCAUCAUUCUGUAUCUAUUUGCUGAAGCUGCCCAGGAACAUAUCCAGGAGCAGGUAACCAGGGUUCUCUUAGAACGGCUGAUAGUGAACCGUCCUCACCCCUGGGGAUUACUCAUCACCUUCAUCGAGCUGAUAAAGAACCCACGCUACAACUUUUGGAACCGAGCCUUCACACACUGCGCACCUGAGAUUAAGCAGCUGUUUGAGUCGGUCGCAAAGUCAUGCGGUGGAGGCGCUGGAAAGGCAGUGGAUGAUGGCUCUGAUGGCGGCCACUAAUGUAGUUAGUUUCUUGUAAAUGGUAUAUGGCUGCUUGUCAUGGUCUGAUGGGUUGAUGUGCGCUUGCUGACAGAUAUUUGUUUUGUAUCAUACUGGAUAUUGUGCUGUGAAGAUUGUGGUGAACCCUUUAACCAUCAGCAAAUAUUAGCCCUUAGAGGUACUUACUCAUAUUAUAUUUGUAAAAAUCAGGUGUUUGUCGUAUCAUACUUUGUUGUUUGUUGAAAAGUGUCUUUCAAACCCUGAGCAAUAAACAUAUCAUGCAACAAUUGUAAAGCAGUUUAUUUUUGACGGAAAA